GUGACGUAGUGACGUACGUACCAGUGUGCGUACUCUUGACGUACUAGGAAGUAAACCAGAACGCGUCACAUGUUUUAAUAAGUAAAUAUCAAACGUGUCGCGUUUCAUUCGAACUAAUUAGUUUAAUUUACCAUGUCGGCUAACUACCCCACGCCUCUGUACGAUCACGCCGCGCGGGGAGACUUCAGCGAAGUUUACGAGCCGUCGGAGGAUUCCUUCCUGCUCAUUGACGCCCUGGAAAAGGAUGCUGAAGAACUGAAGCGCAUGAGUGGGCCGCGCGUGUGCGUGGAGGUGGGCAGCGGCUCCGGAGUGGUGUCUGCGUUCCUCGCAUCCCUGCUUGGACCCUCAGCCAUAUAUUUUUGCACGGACGUGAAUCGUGCCGCAGCGCUAUGCACCGCCAAGACGGCAUCACGCAACUCCGUGUCGCUUGAGCCCAUCGUCACCGACCUGGUGGAAAGUAUCCUGCCCCGCUUGAGCGGACAAGUGGAUGUGCUCCUGUUCAACCCGCCAUAUGUGGUCACACCGUCCAGUGAGGUGGGCAGCACGGGCAUCGAGGCGGCUUGGGCCGGCGGAAGGCGAGGUCGUGAGGUCACAGACAGAUUCCUACCAAUCGUAUCGCAGUUGCUGUCCAGUCGAGGGCUGUUCUACUUGGUCACCAUCGCAGAGAAUGAUCCAGAGGAGAUCAUCCAGAUCCUGAGCGGACACGGCCUGCGGGGAGAGCCACGCCUGUCGACCAGAGCCGGGAACGAGCGGCUCGCAGUGCUGCGCUUUCAGAAGUGCAAACAUACGUGAAGUCGCCGGCUCGUUGGCACUGUGUCAGAGUACGCCUUUCCUACUGCUGUAAGUUGGACCUACAGAUGAUGCGUCCGUCCUCACUGAGGUGGAUGGCCCCGCUGGCGACCAGCUCCAUGGCGGCGGGGAAGGCCCUGUGCUCGGCCUCUUUGAUUCGGUCCG